AACUACCUCAAUACCAAGCUGAGCCUCCUGUCGAAGUUGUUCUAAACAGAAAUGGCUUCCUCCCCUUUGGAAGUGAAUGUCAGCGACAAAUUUUACUAUGUCUACAGCUGCGACAUUGAUUCGUAUCUGACCCUUAAAAUCGGCAUACUUGAAGGAAAAUGUGAGAGAAAGAACUACAAAGAGCUUAUUGCAGAUCCACAAUUGAAACUCUCGGGACUUUAUCAAAAAUCAUGUCCUGAUCUCUAUGUCACUUGCACUUUGUUUGCUGAUGGGAAGGCCUUAUACACACCUGUGAGGAGUUCAUAUAAAGCUUUUUCUACCAGAUGGAACUGGAAUGAGUGGCUCAAACUCCCAAUGAAGUAUCAAGAUCUUCCAAGAAAUGCACAGGUUGCACUCACUGUGUGGGAUGUUUAUGAUUCCAAAAAGCCUGUUCCCGUGGGUGGAACGACUGUCUCGUUGUUUGGAAAACAUGGGACCCUGCGCCAGGGAAUACACGAUUUGCGUGUUUGGCCGGGGGUUGAAGCUGAUGGCAGUGAACAAACAAAGACCCCCGGAAAACAGGGAGCUUCGGCAGAUGCCAAAAUGGUUGAACUGGCCAAGUUGAGUAAAAGACACCGUAAAGGAAGAAUGAAAAAGGUCGACUGGCUUGAUCGUCUCACGUUUCGAGAAAUCGAAAUGGUCAACGAGAAGGAGAAGCGGAAUUCGAAUUUCAUGUACCUCAUGGUGGAAUUUCCUCGAUUCUGCAUGAAUGGAGUCGAAUACACGAUGAUUUACUUCGAAAAGGAUGCAGAUCUAAUCGAGUAUGUCAAGGUGUAUCCCGAGAUUGUGAACGUUCCUGACCCGGAAGUGUUGGAAGAGAAUCCGGUCGAAAACAAGCAUCACAAACUUACAAGGAGUGUAAGGAGUGGAACUAUGUCACGUGAUUUGAAACCCAAUGCUUCGAUAAGAGACCAACUGAACAAAAUUGUUAGUUACCCACCAACAACAAUCUUAACUGAAAAAGAAAAAGAUCUCGUGUGGCAGUUUCGAUUCUAUCUUACAAGUCAAAAGAAGGCUCUAACCAAAUUUCUCAAGUGCAUUAAUUGGAACCAACCCUUGGAAGCGAAGCAGGCAAUAGACCUGAUCAACAAAUGGGAUCCAAUAGACACAGUUGAUGCAUUGGAGUUGCUCACGCCGCAGUUCACGAACAGAGUUGUCAGGCAGUAUGCAGUAUCGAGACUAAAGCAAGCAUCGAACGAGGAUCUUCUGCUUUACCUCUUGCAACUGGUGCAAGCGCUUAGGUAUGAAAUCAAGAGCGAAGCCAAACAGAUGAAGGACAAAGAUAAUGUUGAAAAAGAAAAGGAUAAGGAGACAAGUGAAAUUCCAGAUAUAAAUGAAGAGACGAACAUACCACCUCUCAGCGAAGCAUCAACGGAAUCCGAAGGUAUUGAGGUACAAGGAAAAGAAUUUGGCGAAAUGGAAGUCAAACUAAACGAGGAAACAAAAGAGAAUGUGAGCACGGAAUCUGAUUUGGCAUCGUUUUUGGUUUCAAGAGCCUGCUCUGAUGAUAAAAUUGCUAAUUUCUUCUUCUGGUACCUUCUUGUUGAAUGUACGGACAGUGGUGUCCGAGAUGAGAAAGUAACUGAACUCUACGUCAGUGUAAUGAAGAGGUUCAGUAAAGCUUUGUUGGCGGGUGACUUCAAGUGCAAACAACGUCGUAGCAUAUUGGGACACGAGCAGAUAUUUUUAGAGAAAAUUACAGAAUUAGUUAAAACAGUUCAUCAAUUCAGUGGAAACAGGAAGAAGAAAAUAGAGAAGCUGCAGUCUCUUGUGGAUGUUCCAGAACUCGUCAGCUUCAAGCCUAUUCCUCUGCCUCUGGAUCCUGACGUCAGAAUCAAGGGUAUCGUCGCUGACAAGGUGACCCUGUUCAAGUCUGCUCUGAUGCCAAUGAAACUGACAUUCCGCACUGUGCAAAACAAAGAAUAUGUUGCCAUCUUCAAAAAUGGCGACGAUUUGCGACAAGAUCAGCUGAUUCUUCAGAUUAUCACCCUUAUGGACAAAUUGCUUAUGCGAGAGAACCUGGAUUUGAAGUUGACCCCGUAUAAUGUAUUGGCAACUGGAAGCUCUCAAGGUUUUGUACAGUUCAUCAAUUCAACACCAGUGGCUGAAAUCCUUUCAGCUGACGGCAGCAUACAAAACUUUUUCAGAAGGCAUAACCCUAUGGAAGGAGCAUCUUACGGGAUCCAUCCCGACUGUAUGGACACGUAUAUCAAAAGCUGUGCGGGAUACUGUGUAAUAACUUACAUUCUUGGCGUUGGCGAUCGACAUUUGGACAAUCUUAUGCUUACCAAAUCAGGCAGCCUGUUUCACAUUGACUUUGGUUAUAUUCUUGGACGAGAUCCAAAGCCAUUUCCUCCACCGAUGAAGCUUAGUAAAGAAAUGGUUGAAGCGAUGGGUGGAACCACUGGUGAUUUUUACCCUGAAUUCAGACGCCUCUGCUACACUGCUUUUCUGCAUCUUCGAAGAUAUGCCAAUUUGAUCUUAAAUCUGUUUGCCUUAAUGGUUGAUGCUACCGUUCCGGACAUUGCCCUAGAACCAGACAAAACUGUCAAAAAGGUGCAAGACAAAUUUAGGCUUGAUCUCAGCGAUGAAGAAGCCGUGCAGUAUCUACAAGCAUUAAUCGAUGAAAGUGUUAGUGCUGUCUUUGCAUCGGUCGUCGAACAAAUUCACAAAUGGGCCCAGUAUUGGAGGCGAUAAUCAAAUGAUUGAUGAUUAUCUGAAAAGCCAGACGCCCGGUGCGUCAAUUGCCAGACGCCCGGUGGCAUGGGCUCACCUGUUAAAGGUCAUCAUUGUUUCAUAUGGUGUAAUCUAUUGCAGAGAAUUAUAAUGUAUGGAUCAGUUGAAAAGGGUUAUUUUAGAGAUUGCAAUAUGGUACUCAAAACCAUCCAUCUAUGAAACCAUCCAAUGACUUUUGUAAAAUUAUAUAUGUAAAAUCUUGUAAAAUUCCGCAUUAAAAUGUGGAAAAUACAUCAAAUGUUUUAUUAUAGUGUUGUUUUGCUCGAGGGGCAAAUCUCUCCAAGAAAAUCUCGUACACCUUUUGUGAAUAUCCUAUUUUUUUAUCUGAAAAUCCUAUUUUUUUAUCUGAAAAACCCCGGAAAUCCUUUUGUUUUACGCAAAAUCUCGAACGCUAUUUGCAAGAGUGAAUCGAACGUCUGUUUUGCUUUUUCAUAUUGUCAGUCAACACACUGAAAGUAAAUUUUGAGAAUUUCAAUGUUUUAAAUUCAAAUCUAUAAAAUUAAUUAUUUCUUUUUCCUAGAAUUUCUUAUAAUGUGGGUAAUUUCCCUUAGCUUUUUGAAAAAAGAAAAAUUUCAUUGCUAGGGCCAGUGUGAUGGUUUUGCGAAAGUUCUGCCUUCUCUUACUCUCGUUUGUGCAAGCCUUCGAACCCUCGUCCAUCCAUUAAAUCCACAUGAAAAUUUGAAUUUUUUAAAUUAAUCUCGGAUGGUGUUGUGCUAUUAUAGAUCUAGUCUUGUGCACGUGUGCCUGUAAAUUGUCUUAUUGUCUAUACAAUUUUUGAUUAAAUGUCUUCUGAUAAUCCAAAUAAAUUUGUCUUCCUUUCUUUCUGGCAGUAACAAACGGGUGGUUAUUAAAAGAGGAAGUUUAAAAUGCAAGGGUAUUCACUGAAACUUUUGGUAGUUAUAUCCUGCUGUAAAUGCAGAUUUGCAUUUGUAUAAAAAGUCACAAUUGGUUUAUGUAGGUUCUUAUUGAAAAUUACUGUUUACCAGACUGUUCUAAACUGCUCGAUGCCGUAUAGUCAGACAGGCACCGCAGAGCGUUGUGAAAAGUUGGGGUCUAAAAACGUC